AAUUUCUAGAAGUUAAUUAUUGAAUUAAGAUGACCUUCGAUUUUGGCCGCGUGGUUUUACCAUUUGAUUCAUUUGAUCAUCGACUUAACUUUACUGCUCCGCAGAAUUAAUCGUAAGGCAGCAAGCUUUUAGAGAGUGACUGCCAAUUCAUACAAAUUUCUUUGAAAUUAUUCAGCUUGCCUUAAAAGCGUUGUGCCCACUUUCAGUGCGUUUUGUAACACCGAAGACUGAUAGCAGAGCCUGGCUGUUGCGUUGAUGAAACGAAUUGUUGUGGCUUCUACAACAAUAUGCUUUUCAAAUUUCUUUACCACAGAUUCAAAAUUGUGUAUAUGUGUCUAUAUGUCAAUCUUGCAGCCCGUAUUGUAGUGAAAAACGAGACAUAUCGCACGGAUGGUCAUAGAUCUAAGCGACUUAUGGUAAUAAGCACUGUGGGCGUUGUGUAAGUGUUGUGAUCAGGGCGGAUAACGUUUUCGACUGAUUUACUUCCCUGACAUUAUCAAUGUACCCUGUUUUUCAGCUCAGUAUGGAUAUAGGAGAAGACUUUGAUUUUCCUUGGUCGCUUAAAGUAUUUAGUUGUUAUAUUUUUGUGGUUAUUUUUGUUUUAAACUCAAGUUGACGUUUCAACAAUUGCUAGUCAUUUGUGAAUAUGGUAAUAUGGUCUAACAAUGUAGUUAGCCAUUUCGGUUAUUCUGUGGCCUAAAACAAGGCUUAACGUCACUUCAACGUGUCCUACAGCGAUCUCUCGAGUUGUUAAGCUUCAUUUUAGUGAUGAUGCAGUUAAAAUGUCAGCGAGAUAUUCUUAAAGACUAUUUAUUAAAACAGUUUAUAAAUCAAUUCAGGUUGAAGAAAUCCAAUUUCCAGAAACCUCUCUUUUGAAUGAGUUCAAGGAAGUCAAUCAACUGUUCCACGUUUCAGCUUCAGAGCUAGGGGGAUCGUUUGGUUUGGAUCGGCAUGCGAUCGAUCCAAGCUGGGGUACAUAACAUAACUUGCCUAUAUAAGAUGUACGUCUGAACACAUGCAAAGCCUUUGUCUUUUGGCGUUUCCAUUGAGAGACCCUAAUUCGCCAAUUGUCUAAGUAGCUAGCCGUUCGUAGAAACACUCUAGGAGGUUCCGUUCCUUCCUGGAAACGAUCAAAUAGAAUCGCCCUGAAUAGAUAGGACAUGAUGAAUCUAAAUGCACGGUUAUCUAUCAGGAAUUUCUAGUAGAAUUUGGACCCUACUUAUGUUGGCUAAGUUUGGCGGUUUUUAUCUCUAAUCAACCGUAAUACACAGAAUGAAAGUGACUGUCUGCACGUAAAACCACACGAACUCGCCCGAGCUUCAUCACAGAACAUGGUAGAAGUGGAGCCUUGGUUCAUUGGCCUCGUCGCAGGAUUAGCGACCUUAAUUUUUGUCCUGCUGUGUAUCAUCGUUAUCUUUUGCACACUAUGGGCCAGGAAGGAUCGCAGAAGGAAAAAAGAGGAACAUUUGCAACGCCAAUUGCAACAACAACACUCUGCCAAUAUCAAUCAAACCGUGGGAAUCCCGUCCAAUUCCAUGGCGUUGGUGGUUCCCACAAACAACAACAGCAACUGGUAUCUUAAAGAGAAACCACACGAAGAGUUUCGAUCACCAACUACAUUGACAAGAGCAGCCGGGGAUGAGCCGUUCAUCGUUGGCACUUCAAUCGUACGAUAUUCCAGAGAACUCGACAGGUCAAGCAGUUAUAAUUAUCGACCAUCUACAGCAGAUAAAUAUGUUGGGUAUCAGAGGAAUCUUCCCGUUCAAUCACUUUCCAGAACAGAAGCACCGAAUGAAGCUGAGACCAGAAUGGUCAGAUUAGGAAUGAUUCCACCAAGACCUGCGGGUGCCAAUGGACAUAUCCCUGUAGGUUACUACACCGAACCUGGGAGGGCCAAGUCACAAAAAGGGAAGAAUGGUAAAAGGAAAUCAAAGGAACCGAAGGAAAUCAGAACAUACAACGAGGAUGCGAGAUCAGGGGUGAUUCCGCCAAGACCCAUGAGUGCCAAUGGGCAUAUUCCAUCAGGUUACUACACUGAACCUGGGAAGAACAAGUCUCCGAAAGGGAAGGAUGGAAAAAGGGAAUCCAGGGAGCUAGAAGACAGCGGAAGAUACAAAGGGGAGGUUUUAGUACCAGUGAGAGAGGUACAGUUAUGGCCGUUGGAAAACUCAUCAAAUCAACCGCCAUACCCACUUCCUAAGGAAGAUUACGACACGGAUGGAGCAACUUGGUACUAUGCUAGAUCAACUGAUGGGCAAAGCUUGGCCAGUUCAAGAUCAGAAAGUGCUUUGAUUCCGCCUUCAGCGGCUGAAAACUAUCCAAGGCACGGCUCCCAAAACGUCAAUGGCAGGAUUGCCGCUCCGUCACUCCAGCAGGAUGCGUCACCAACUACAGCAAAAGUAAUGGACGACCAAUUUCAUGCAGACCUAGAUCCAGAUAAACUUAAACGCGUCAAGCGAGUCGGUGUUCCAAUUUUGCCAGAAUAGUAAACAGUAAUCAACUCUGUUCACACAGAGUUUGCCUGAUCCCACAACUAUGGGAUUUUCAUUGCGUAUAAAGAGUGUUUCGUUUCUCUUGUAUUACGUGAUUCCUGUAUGAAGAACAUUCACGAACACCAGCUAAACUUCACGUCACUUUUCGCAGUGUGCUGAAGAAAAGUAAAUCAAUCAUUUAGAAAAAAAAAUAAUAAUAAGACCAUGGUAAAAAUAAUGUCACAAAAAACCGCAAACGUAUUGUUUUGCGGUGAGACAAUGAGUUAAAUUUGAUUUAAGAUAUAUUAAAGCUAAUAAAAUCUACAGGGGCAUUUUUUUACGAUACUGACAACAAUAUGGUUGAAUGUGCCUAACAAAUCACAUGCAGUCUCAUGCAUCGUCUUAAGUUCAGCUGGAGAAACAUAGUAUCUGACAAACGCUGGAAAACAGAGCAUUAUAGCGUCUAUUUUGUUUUUCUAAGAUAAUAGUUCAAAGGCAUCCGUUCGGUUUACUUCAAAAGUUAAACUACUAAUACUCUUAAAAGAGAAAAGACACAAUCAUUUGACUUUGGGGCAAGGAAUAAAAAUUAUCUUAAAUGAA